GCUUUUAAAAGAAGUGAGAAACAAAAUGGCGCAGAACUACAACUUCCUGGUCUCAACCUAACAAAUGAUCAAGUGUUCUUUCUAUCCUUUGCUCAGGUUAGUUAUUAACGUGCUGACGUGCCAAUAUACUUAAUUAAUUAAACUGCUACCCGUGUUUCAACCUGAAUAUCAUUUCAAAUUAGACGUGGUGUUAUUUUCUUUGACCAUUUGAGCAUAAAUGGGAAAUGAUUUCUUAUUAGGUUUGGUGUUCAAAAUAUACAAAAGAUGCGUUAGAAGACACGAUAAAAUAUCAUGUGCCAAUGAUGUUCAGGUAGGAAUCGUUUUUUGGUAAAGCCAGUGGGCAUUGUUUUCGAUUUGAUUACAUUUUCCCCCUUUUACCGGUUUAGAGUAACAGGGCCACUACGCAACUCAGUGGAAUUUUCCAGAGCAUACCGCUGUCCUGUUGGCUCAAGGAUGAAUCCAGCACAAAAAUGUGGUGUAUGGUAA